AUGUUUGAAUUAUCUGAAAGGCGGAAAGCAUUAUCCCCAUUGCCAAGAGGAGGUAAUUUGGCUUUGAACGUAGCUUUGGAUUGGAAGAUUUGGGUUAAAAUCGACGAUAACGAAAGAUUGGGAAAUUCUAAAGGACAAGCUACUGCCAUAGAGUUUACAGAAUCAGAUACUAUAGAUGAUUUGAAAACAAAACUUUUAACUAAAUUAAAUAAUUCAAGAUGGUCAAGAGAAAAUGAUACUUGCUCAAUUACAAUUGGAUUUUAUUUACCAAUUAAAAAUAGCAAAGUUACUAACAAUAACAAUAUCAAUAACAAUGCAAACACAUCAUUGCUUUCAAUUGAAAGUAAUCAACGAAUUCAUACCGAGAGGAAAAAAGUUUCGCCAGGUUUACAUUUCUAUAUGGAAGCACCACUAUCAAGAAUGGAUUCCCAUAAUGGUUUACAUUAUGAAAACUCUUCGAAGAACAGGUCGAGCGUUAGUCUGCAAAGCCUAAGACAAGCAGAAUCAAAUAAUAUCAAAAAUGAAUCACAUAGCAUUAAUUCAACUUCCCCGCCAUUAAUUUUCCAUUCUUCUUCAAAUAUAAAUUUACAAUAUUUGGCACCAACGCCAACUUUAGGGAGACUCUCGCCCAUAAACACAAGCCAAUCUACAAAUUAUCUUGAUUUCAAUAAUCUGGAUCUAAAAUGGACCUCUAUCCGUGUCAAUGAUUCUAAUGUAAGGAUAACAUUCGAACCGGAUGAAUUAAUAAAAAAUAUUUACUUACAACUCUACGGUUCGUUGGGUGCACAGAAAGUUUCUGAAGCUCUUCUUAUCUUCUCUAGUGGUAUACCAACUAAUGAAAAUAAUGAGAUUUCCCCUACAGUAUCUUUCGAUUUCAAUGAUUAUGUACCAACUAAUGACGAGAUAACAGAACAAAUGUUAAGAUCUCCAUAUUAUGGAGAAAACCUGAUGGAAAAUGAAAAAACUGAAGGUUUUAAGGGCGAAGAAGGUUUGAUUAAAGAUGGCAGUCGGUUUGGAAGUUGUGAUUCUGUUACACAAAGUCUGAGUGGAAAAGAAAAAAAGUUCAAACUGAUAACCAAUGAAGAACAAUUAAGAAAGGUUUCCGAAGAUUUGGGGAGUGAGAAAAAUGUAGAUUCUCCAAAACAAGCUAUUUUAUUAUUGCCCAAAAACUUUAAUGAAGAAAAUAAUCUACGGAACAAAACAGGUGGAGGCUCCUCUUCAACUAUUUCAUCAUUUGUCAACAAAACAAAUGAUGAAAUUAUGUUAUCUACACAGGAAGGAACCGCUUCUACAAAUGAUUCAGGAAUAAGUGAUGGCGGUGUUGAACCGAGAGAGAGUAUUAGUAACUCAAGCACCAAUACUAAUUCCAAUACGAUUCAUAAUAAUGAUAACAGUAAUCCUAUAAUAAGUUCAUCAGCCAUGAUUGCUAAGUCAACUUCAAGCAAUUACUCAAGCGCUUUCCAGGAUGCUUCGGUACCCAUAGUUUCACAUCCAGAAUUCAAGAUUACUGGUGAAAAGGUCUUUCCAAAGAUUAAUGUUCUGAUUGUUGAAGAUAAUGUAAUUAACCAAACCAUUUUAGCUUCAUUUUUAAGGAAACAUAAAAUAUCCUAUAAGGUUGCCAAGAAUGGAAGAGAAGCAGUAGAUAAAUGGAAAGAAGGGGGGUUACAUCUAAUUUUUAUGGAUUUGCAGUUGCCUGUAUUAUCUGGUAUCGAUGCGGCCAAGGAAAUCAGAGAGUAUGAAAAACACAAAGGUAUAGGUAUUCAAAAGGCUUCAUCCACUACGUCAACAACUAAUUUAGAGGAUACCAAAAAAAUAGACAAAAAUUCUACAGGAGCACCGGUUAUUAUAGUUGCGUUUACUGCUUCAAACUCCUUAACAGAUAAAAGAGAAGCACUGAUAUCCGGUUGUAAUGAUUACUUGACGAAACCAGUGAAUCUACAUUGGUUAAGCAAAAAAAUCACUGAAUGGGGUUGCAUGCAAGGUUUGAUUGAUUUUGAUAACUGGAAACAGGGCCAAAGUAGGAUGACCGACAGUGUACUCGUUAAACAGACUCCCAAACUAACGAAAAGAAAGAGUAGCUCUAAAUCUCCAUUAGCAUCAACUUCAUCAAGUCCAAAAAUUAGUGCUCCGCAGAGUAAAAAUUGA